ACCAAUCUUACAAUACUUGCUUCAGCAUCAAUCAAUGGAAGAAGCUACCAAUGGUAAUAGUCUUGCCCAGAAAAGGUAUGCAGUUGUGACUGGGGCAAACAAAGGGAUUGGACUUGGGAUUUGCAAGCAAUUAGCUUCUCAUGGAAUAACAGUGGUGUUGACUGCAAGAGAUGAGAGUAGGGGACUCGAUGCACUUCACCAGCUCAAAGAAACUGGUGGGCUUUCUGGUUAUCUACUCUUUCAUAAGCUUGAUGUAACAGAUUCAUCUAGUGUUGAUUCCCUUGCUGAAUUCAUCAAGACUCAGUUUGGAAGGCUUGAUAUCUUGGUGAACAAUGCGGGGAUUGCUGGAGCCAUUGAAGAUGUUGAUGCCCUACGAGCUGCAUUGGAAGCUGGAGGUCUAACUGACUUUAAAGCCUUCUGCACUGAGACAUAUGAUUUGUCAGUGGCAUGCUUGGAAACAAACUACUAUGGUCCAAAAAGAAUGGUUGAAGCAUUUUUGCCUCUUCUCCAAUCAUCUCAAUCACCAAGAAUUGUCAAUGUUUCUUCUAUUUUGGGCAAAUUACAGUUUACACCAAAUGCAUGGGCUAAAGGAAUACUAAGUGAUGCUGAUAACCUUACAGAAGAGAGAGUGGAUGAGGUGCUGAAUGAGUAUCUUAAAGUCUUCAAAGCUGGUACCCAUGAUGCUCAAGGCUGGCCUAUGGCAUAUACCAUCUCCAAAGCUAGUCUGAAUGCUUAUACAAGAAUUCUUGCUAAGAAGUGGCCUAGUGUCAAAGUGAAUUGCGUUUGUCCUGGUCAUGUGAAAACUGACUUAGGCCAUGACUUCGGAGCACUGACUGUAGAAGAAGGCGCUGAAAGUCCCGUGAGGCUGGCUUUGUUGCCUGAUGAUGGUCCUUCUGGCUUGUUCUUUAGUCGAAAGGAAGCAAUAUUUUAUGAAUGAA